UUCAUGUAAAAGUAUCUCAACUAUUCCAACUCCAUUUUCUUUUUGCUGAGAAUGGUCGAUAAUUCAGAAGCCAGUGCCUCCUACGAUAUCAAGGACCAAGACCGUUUGCUGCCUAUAGCAAACGUUGGCCGGAUUAUGAAGCAUAUUUUGCCACAAAACGCCAAGAUCUCAAAGGAGGCCAAAGAAACAAUGCAAGAAUGCGUGUCAGAAUUCAUCGGCUUUGUAACCGGAGAAGCAUCGGAAAAGUGCAGAAAAGAGAGGCGAAAGACGAUUAAUGGUGACGAUGUUUGCUGGGCUCUUGAAACUUUAGGCUUUGAUGAUUAUGCUGGACCAUUGAAAAGGUACUUGAAUAAAUAUAGAGAGGUAGAAGGAGAUAGGGCUAAUCAAAACAAGACAGGUGUUAAUGAAGAAAUGGGAGAACAUUCAUUGAAUACAAGUAAUCAACCGAAAAAUUAAUUGCAGUGAAGCUUCUCUAUGUAGUUGUUAAUGAUCUACUUGCUAUAGAUCUAGUAACAGAACUCAACUGAAUGACGAAAAAAGAUUCAUAUAGCCUUGUACCUAAAUUUAUUGGGAACAAGGUUGAGUCGUAGUUGUUGUGUUGACUUGAUAACGAAAUAAACUAUUUUGGCAUGCGUUAAA